CGCAACGGCCAUAUAGUUGUGAACAGAAAUGGCCAAGAGUACAUGUAUCCCAACAUUGUCAACGAUGGCGCCUACCAUGUCGUCAGCAUAGAACGCAAAGGGGAUCGAAUUUACGUCCCAACGGUCUGCAUCACUGAAAGGAGCGAUCAGAGCAUCACCUACACCACUCUUUACGUCGGCGCGAAUAAGGACAAAGGGGACAUCUUCCACGGUGCUAUCGGUGGUCUCUACUGGAACGGUCGCUAUCCUAUAGAUGAGGCGAAGGGUGGACUGCAAAUCACAACCGGUGAUGUGAUUCACGUGCUCUUGCCGAGUUUCAUACUGCCCGGCAAGAAGCCCGUUCCUACCUGUCCUGUGGACUAUUGUUUCAACGGCGGUAUCUGUUAUGUGGAGGACUACGAGUUAAAGUGCGAUUGUAGAUUGACUGGCUGGCAGGGCUCCAGAUGCGAAAAACCCACACGUGGUGUUCUCCCCUCGACUAGCGGCAAUGGCGCCUACGUCAUCAUCAAUGUGGUACCACCGAAACCCACAAAUGUGGAUCGUAUGCGUGUGGCCUUCCAGACCUACGCCACUGAUGGACCCAUCGCUCGUUUCAUGACGCCUGAUGGACGUUUCUAUGAAAUUUACAUGGUGAGCCCUGCUUCCCCCUCCUUCAUCGACGCCUGUGUUAAUCUUUUUGUCCGUCUUUUGCGCCGUAUUCUGUAUACUUUUUCACAUCGCAUUGAGAAGGGACAACAAGUGUUUGUGUCGAACAGCAAGGACGAGAUUCGUUUGAUCAGCGCGCCCUAUCAACAGUGCGAUGAUGGCAAGAUGCACGUGAUCACCUUGGUCCGCAACGGAAGUCGAUUUGACUGGUCUGUUGACGGUCAUCGUACCAUCUACAUUGAUAAAUCAGUUUUUUGUGCUUGCAGGGAGUCUGACUGUGGUGGACAGAAUUCUCACACCUUCUUUUCUCUUUCCUUCCACCCUCCAGCUCUUGUCGACUCAAACGGUGCACUGGUCACGAAUGAGAUAAUCCUCGGUGCUGAUCGCAAGUUCACAAAUUCAUUCAACGGCGUGCUGGGAGCACCGUUGGAAUGUGCUCCUCCGUUUUCCCUCUGCUGUGGCUCAAUGACAGGAGUAAUUGGAAUGGAAAAAUGA